AUGUUCUCGGAGACGGCGCAUGCUCGUAUUCAGGCCAAUUCUGAAGAGUUUCGGGGUGGCGCCAGUAGGGCCUGUGAAGAAACCGAGGCUGGGAGCGCCCCCGAAGUCUUCGACAUGGCGGCCGAGGAGGCCAAGCAGGUCACCAUCCUCGCCGUGGACUGCGGCAUGAAGAACAACAUCAUCCGGUAUUUUGUAGAGAGCCUUCGGGUCAAGCUCAUCGUGGUGCCCUGGGACUACGAUUUCACGCAGGACGAGUUUGACGGCCUCUUCUUGAGCAACGGGCCGGGCAAUCCUCUGAAGUGCGAGGUAACGAUCGGACACGUCCGUGAGGUGAUGCUUCGCAGACCGACCCUGCCCAUCUUCGGCAUCUGCCUGGGGAACCAGAUCCUGGGGCUGGCGUCGGGGGCCACGACGUACAAGAUGAAGUUCGGGAACCGCGGCAUGAACCAGCCCUGCGUGGACAUGCGCACCACGCGCUGCUACAUCACGCCGCAGAACCACGGCUUCGCCAUCGACAACGCCUCGCUGUCGGACGGGUGGAUGCCGCUCAUGAUCAACGCUAACGACGGCAGCAAUGAGGGCACCGGGGCCGGGCCUCGGGCAAAGUAUACCUUUUGCGUCGGCGGCUAG